CAGCUCAGCGCCGGCCCGAGUCUCCCAGCCCCCGACGCCGCCGGGCCUCUGCCCACCGCCCCGGUCAGUGCGGCACGGAACCGGAAAAGACGACGCCGCCGCCGCCGCACUCGCCGCCGCUGCCCUCGGGGCCGCCGCCGGCGUCGAUGGAGCCGACGAACCUGUACCCGGUGAAGCUGUACGUGUACGACCUGUCCAAGGGCCUGGCCCGGCGCCUGAGCCCCAUCAUGCUGGGGAAACAGCUGGAAGGCAUCUGGCACACUUCCAUAGUCGUUCACAAGGAUGAAUUCUUCUUCGGCAGUGGAGGCAUCUCCAGUUGUCCCCCUGGAGGGACACUACUUGGGCCCCCUGACUCAGUAGUAGAAGUAGGAAGUACUGAAGUUACCGAAGAAAUCUUCCUGGAAUACCUGUCCUCCCUGGGGGAGUCCCUAUUCCGAGGUGAGGCCUACAAUCUCUUUGAGCACAACUGUAACACAUUCAGCAACGAAGUGGCCCAGUUCCUGACCGGAAAGAAGAUUCCCUCCUACAUCACAGACCUCCCGUCUGAAGUCCUCUCCACGCCCUUCGGACAGGCUCUGCGGCCCCUGCUGGACUCCAUCCAGAUCCAGCCCCCUGGUGGAAACACCUUUGGCAGACCCAACGGCCAGAGCUAACGGGCCUGGGAGGGGAGCGCCUCGCCACCGCCGCCGCCGACUCACCAGGGCUUUUCCUUUUUAAAAAAACAAACCCUACCAGAUUUCUAUUUUAUAAUUUUACAUCAGAGCUAACAACCAGGGGACGGCUUUUUAAAUUUCCCAGGGAAGGAGAUCAUCAGGCCGCAUGUAGGACAAUGCUGCUAAAACCAGAACCAACGCCAUCCCUUCUAACAGUAUUAUACUAAUUUAUUAAGGCUGUCUUGUCUGUGAGUUCACUUUUGACGCUGUUUGCUGAGCGUCCCCUACUCCGCAGGAGGGGAGGCUGCUAAACCUGAAGAAGGUGGGGCCCCUCGAGGGCAGGCCGGGCUUCAAGGCCCAGGGAGGCCUUGUCCAACUAGAGCCCCUUGCCUGGGUACUCCCAGCCAUGGGGAUGCAGCUGAGUGGCUGGCCAGGCCAGGCUGCCCCGACGACUUCAUCGUCUCUGGGCCCGAGGAGCAGGAGUCAGGGCUAACUGGACAGCAAACUCAGGAAGGGAGGAAGGAGGUGGGCAUUGCCUCGCCUCGCCGCACCAUGUUAGGCCGCCUGCCUGCUUUGUGCAGAGCCUCUUGCUGCUCUGUUACAGCCUCGAUAACCCCACACACACACAGGCAUGUCUGGGCAGCAGAGGAGAAAGCGUGCUCCCCAAACAGCCCCAGUAUUACUCCAGGGAUCCAAAGGGGAGAAAUGAGGCAGAAUCUAGGUGGCGAGUAAGCAUAGUUCUGUGUGUCUGCAAGGAAUUUUUCUACUGUCUGUCCCCGAAGCAUUCUGAUGAGCUUGGCUGCAGGAGAGGUGGGGGGUGUGGGGGGAGUGGAGCCCCCUUCUCCCUGACUUGCAGGAAUGGGCCUGAAGCCUCCUCUUCUCUGGAGAGGCUCUGAUUGCUCUUUCUGAGCUCUCACAGGCUGUAAAUGCAAGUGGGUGAGAAGCCCCACUCCCCUCCAGCCACGCUGUAGCCGGGCCAGGUAGCCUGGGGCCCGGGACCUCUGCCUAGAACACUCCCUGCUGCCUCAGCCUGUCGGCGGGGGUCUAACAAUGUCUCUUCAUCUCCGAUUUGUGGCCCCCACCAGCCCCAACAAUUGGUAUUCUCGUAGCAAGUCUUAAAAAGAGUCUAGCCUCUCUCAGGUGUUACACCUCAGGGACAGCCAGGUAUGAUGUCGGCCCAGUUCUUUUGGAGGCCCCGCUCUUGCCUGGGGGUCUGGUACUGGUGAGCAAGGUAGGGGAAAGGGCCUUCUCAUCGACCCCAGGCCAUAAAUGAUCCUAAAGAGAACAGCAGGACAUUGUAGGCCGUGGCCCUGCGGCCCUCACGGAGGGGCAGCUGAGAGCGCCCUAGGAGUUGCUCCUCAGCAGUCAUGGGAUUCUGGCCUCCCCACUGGGCCCAUGACUCCUUGCCACCUCUUUUGUUCCGUCCAGAGGCAGGAAUGCAGCACCCCCUUCCCAGUGCUUGCAAGCACUGAACCCUUUCAGCCCCCAACAGGAAGAGAGCUGGGGGCUCUCAGGAAUGGCUAGAAAAGCAAAUGCCGGGCUUGGGAGUUGGUGGGGCAGCUACCUUGUGAAGGAGAACCCCACGUUUGGGCUGGGGAAUGGGGUUGAAAAUCUUUUUAAUGGGAUUUUUCCAGUCUAGCAUCUAUGUUCUUUCCUCUCACCCUUUCCUACCCCCACUGAAAAAGGGAAAAAAGCCCCUUUAACAGUUAAGCAUUGUUGCACAAAAUAGAUCCCCACAUUGUCCAGGGCCACACAUCCGUGUCCCAUCCUCUGUCUGAGUGGCAGCUCAUUUUCAUGCACCUUCAUAGAUGACUGCGUGACCAUUGGAUUCUAGAAGCUCAGGCACUGGGUCAGCACUGCAUGGCCUCCCCUCCCCCCAGACAGACGUCUCAGUUGACCCCAGACUCAGGACUGUGCACUCUGAUGUGCCUGCAGCCCCGUGUGGCCCUGUAGGUCUCAGGAGGGGGGCUUGCCAUCGGGCCGGGUGUGGCACUGCACAGCAGAGCGGACAUGCCUCCCCCUUCCUGAAAUCAAGCCUGUACUCUGUCUGCCAUGUCCCCUUCCCCCUUAAGUAAGCCAAGUGAGUAACCAUAUCUGGGAUGGAGGUGUUUGCUAGCUGAUCUGUUUCUAUAAUGCAAUAAACUUGGGUCCGCUACCCACUCACUA